AUGUACGGCUGCUACUGCGGACAGGAGGGCGGCGGGCAGCCUCUGGACCGGCUGGACAGGUGCUGCUUCUUCCAUCACUGCUGCCUGAAGCAGAUCGGCUCCAUUGGCUGCAGAGCCGACAGGAAGCUCAACGCCUCAGGUCAGGGCGUCUCCGCCUGCGACAAGCUGCAGUGUGUGUGUGACACCACGGCGGAGUGUAUGGCGGCGGCCCGCUUCAACCACAGCUUGCCGGCGCGGAGGUGCCGGGGCCCGGGGCCGCCCGGCCGCCGGGCCGCCAGGCCCCCCAACCCCCCCGGGGCCCGGCCUCGGUCCAGUGAGGAGAGCGGGCCGCCGCCGGGGGGGCGGAGUCCAGACAGUGAGGAGAACCCCGAGCAGAGCGAGGAGGAGCAGUCCACUGCUGCAGGGACGUCGGGCGAGACGCCGCCGCCGCCGCCGCCUCCUGCUCCGGCCUCCAGCGAGGACAGCCAGCACGACAUCAGCGGGAUUCAAACCCACAACCACCGGCUGAGUGCGGAGGGGACCCGAGAGCCACAGUCCACUGAGACAGUGAGGACGGGAGGCGAGGAGGAGGAGGAGGGGGAGGAGGGGGAGGAGGAGAGGAAGAGGAAGGAAGAGGAGGAAGAGGGAGGGGAGGAGGAGGAAGAGGAGGAAGAUGGAAAGUGA